AUGUCCCAAACAUCCCCGCCCCUCAUUCUGUGGGCAGGAUACUCUGCGCCAGUCAUCGUUUCCUGCCUUCACGCUCGUCCUUGGACAGUGGAGCUCAUUAGGGAACCGAAAACUCUUGCCUUACCUCGACGUUGGGUAGAUAUCCGUGGUGGUACAAUACGAGAGACCUGGAACGCCGCUCUGCACGCGGUUGUGGGCAUUAUUUUUUUUCAUCCAGGAAUUUCUCAGACCGAGCUGCGAUGGAGGCUUAGGGCAGUAUGUGAUCGACAGGAACUCGUAGACAUCGUGUGCUUUUUGAACCGUGAAGAAGCCAUUUACGCACGAGUUGGUGCAACACGUCCGACUGGCACUAUCUGGCCGGCAACAUUGGACGACGGGGAGGAACAGCAGGUUUUCCGGUUCAUUGGCAAGAAUAAGUAUUGGUAUCAAGUCUAA